AUGCCUGCCUUACGCCUUGGUGCUACAGCGCCCGAUUUUGCUGCGGAGACGACCACUGGCAAGUUUGCCUCAUUCCACGAGUUCAUCGGCAGCAAUUGGGCCAUCCUCUUCUCUCACCCUGCUGACUUUACGCCUGUCUGCACCACCGAGCUUGGCGAAGUUGCUCGCAUCCUGCCCGAAUUCGAGAAGCGCGGCGUCAAGGUCAUCGGACUAUCGUGCAAUGAGCUCAAGUCUCAUGCCGACUGGGUCAAAGAUAUCGAUGAGGUCAACAACGUCAGCGUGACUUUCCCAAUCAUCGCCGACCCAACGCGCGAGAUCGCAAAGACCUACGACAUGCUUGACGAGCAAGAUCUCACCAAUGUUGAUGCCAAGGGUAUCCCGUUCACCGUGCGCAGCGUCUUCAUUAUCGACCCGGCAAAAAAGAUCCGAUUGACACUGCAAUACCCUGCUUCGACGGGCCGCCAGUUCAACGAGGUUCUGCGCGUCAUUGAUUCGCUACAGCUCGGCGACAAGCACAAGAUCACGACUCCCGCUAACUGGACACCUGGCUCAAAGGUUAUCGUUCACCCUUCAGUCUCGACCGAUGAAGCUCGCAAGAUGUUCCCCAACGGCGUCGAUGUCGUCAAGCCCUACUUGAGGUACGUGGCAAUAUUAUAUGCUUGGCUCGUCAUGCGCUGAUAUCGACGCUCCUACCAGGUUCACAACUCUUUAGACCUCGAAUGUUGCCAUUAGACUGUCGAG